ACACACACACACACACACACACACACACACACAAACUUGGAACAACCACUCUCGUUCACUCACUCAUUCCCGUUCUUUAUCCACCCGCAUACCUUGCCCACUCACUUCCCGAGGAAUUGCAAGGGCAUUGAGAAAGAGAGAGAGAGAGAGAGACCCAAGACAAGACCAGACCUUCCUUUCUGAACACGGACUCUUCGUUACGGCGGGGUCACUUGGGAAACACUUUCCGCGGAGAGUUAAACAAACCUCCCCUACACACAAAGAAGACCAAGCCAGAGAGACAACAGAGACAGACACACACAGAGAGAGUCCUCUUCCACCGGCCCGGGUCCUCGCCUGGCCCUGUCGAUCGGCACUGUCCGCUCUCUCCCUUCUCACUACAGUCCUCUUAUCGGCUAUUGCGACCCCAAAAAGAAGUUGUAGAUGGAUCCCGAGGACGGCCUGCGCCUGCAACGACACAAGCAGCGUCGCGUAGCGGAUAAGGAGCGGAAGAGGGCAGUUCGAGCCUGUGACGGAUGUCGGCGACUCAAGGAAAAAUGCGACGGAGGAGUUCCUUGCCGCCGGUGCACCCGUCUGCGCCGGCAGUGCGAGUUCCUCACGCCCACGACGAGAGAUGAGCCCGGAUCAGAGAACUCAACGAGACCCCGCCCCCCUCAACAUCAUGAGGACGCCCAGAGAAUGUCCUACAUGGAGCGGCUCCUGGCGCACUACACCGGCAAGAGCACCCUCGAUGCCGAGACUCUAAAGACUUUGGCCGAGUCCGUGGAGAAGAUGAAGUCGUCUGGUCGACCACGCACCGGCCCGGACGGCGCGGUGACCGGGGCCGGCGGUGGUGCUGGUCCUGAAGCGGAUGUCACCAUGGAGCCGGACGUCGGCACCGAGGCAGAGGUGCAAUCGCAGAGCUCCGACUCCUUCAAGGUCGACGAGAUAACGGUUCAGCCUUUGGAGAACAACAUCACACAUUACUCCGGCGAGUUCUCACACUGGAACUUCUCCAUGCGGAUAAAGCAAUGGAUCGAACAGUGUGUAAACGACGCCCCGGAUGGUCCAAAGACACAAUUCAAAGAAUACUACCGCCCAGAAGAACUCCAGUCCCCCUCCAACACAGUAGCCUCCCUCUCCUCCCUCCCGCCCCGCUACGUCGCAGACUUCCUCGUCCAGGCCUUCUUCAACCAUGCCGAGACGAGCUACUUUUACGUCGAGCGCCACUGGCUCAUGGACAGGCUCGACCUCGUGUACGAGAACUCGGCCUCCCUGACGCGCCGCGACGUCGGCACCGUUUGCAUGAUCCUCAUCAUCUUCGCCAUCGGCACGCAGUACGCCUACCUGGACUCCCGGAAUGAACGGGGCGGCCCGCCGAGCGCCGCGGCCGACUCGAGCCCCUUUUCGGAGGAUACCAUCGGCAUCAUGUUCUACCAGCAGGCGUGCCGGCUGGUCCCCGACGUGAUCACCAUCUCGUCGCUCGAGAGCGUCCAAGCGUGUCUGCUCAUCGGCCUGUAUACGUUACCCCUCGACGCCUCGGGGCUGUCGUACGUCUACCUGAACCUGGCGGUCAAGCUCGCGAUACAGAAUGGUAUGCAUCGGAAGCAUCCCGGGGCCGCCAUUGAUCCUGUUAUUCGUGAGACAAGGAACCGUGUAUGGUGGACGGCCUAUACGACGGAAAAGCGUAUCGGCAUAUUCCACGGCCGGCCAGUAUCCAUCGCAGCAAGUGACGUCGACGCCGAACUCCCAGUCGACAGACCAGAAAUCUGGCCCGGUUCAGCGCCGCCAAACACGGCACACAUGCUAGCAACCCUCCAGCUCAACAACGCCCUCAGCAGAAUAGCUCACCAAAUAUCCCUCUUCAAAACAUUUGAAAAGAAUGAAAUCCCAGAAGGCAUGGCCAAACUCGUCGAAAUGAAAGCCCAACUCCACAACUGGUGGAACAGCCUCCCAGAACCAACCUUUAUCAAAGAUCCAACCACCGGCCCCGCCGUCUUCCGCCCAACAAUGCAUCUGAGGCUAGAAUACUGCCUCGUCCGCAUGUUCGCCGGCCGCCCCUUCAUCUUCCCCCGUGACUCGGCUCACCGCGGCAGCACAGCAAGCUCCUCCGGAUCCCCCGCAGACUCCGUCGCCAUGACAGUCGCAGGCGGUCCUUCUUCCGGCGGCGGUGCCGGUGCCGGUGGUGCCGGCGGCCGCGCCACAACUAGCAGCUCAACCAGCAAAACAACACACCCGCGCGCCGUCCUCGUAGCAGACUGCGUCGACGCAGCCCUCUGCGUCGUAGAAACGUGCCGCCUCCUUCGCAACACAGUCGGCCUCGCCCGCGCCUCGUACACGGAAUUCUCCUCGUGCCGCGCCGCGCUGCUCGUCAUCAUCACGCAGUGCCUCCAAAAGAAGACGGACCGCCUCCGCGACGCACUACGGGAAGGCAUGGCGAUGCUGAGGGAGAUGUCUGCCGGCGGGGAGUCUGCGAAAUCGGAAAUGUCGCUUAUUGAGGCCUUUGAGCGCGCUAUUUCGAGGUUGGAUAUGGCUGAUGAGUCGAAUGGUGGUGGCGGGGGCGCGGGUGGUGCGUCCGGGGUGAAGGAGACUGAUUAUGCGAGGUUUAAAAAGUGGGAGAUGUUGUGGAAGACGGAUACGCCUGCGCAAGGGCAGGGACAAGGUGGUGAUGCGAGGAGCGAGAGGGAUGGGCUUGAUGGCGCGGGCUUGCCGAUUCCGCCGCAUCCUGCGGGUUUGUGGCGGGGAGGAGGACACGGGCAUUCCGGGGGAGGAGGCGGAGGUGCCGGAGGAGGAGGAGGGCAUGUUGCGCCCGGCGCGGGGCGGCAGGGUACGGCGUCGUUGCCGCCGGCGAUGCCAUUCUUCGGGCUCGAUGGGAGUCUGUCGCCGAUGCCGCCUGCGCUCGACGAGUUCUCGGCCAUGUUUGGGAACGGAUACGUGCCGGGGUUUGAAGGUAUGGGCGGAAGUGUAAACGGGAACUGGAUGGGUCUUUGAGUUCAGGUCGGAGGAAAAAGGAAAAGAGGAAUCAGUCGAUCGAGAGACAUUGCCUAAUCACGGCCGGCGGAGUCUGGAGUUUGCGUGUCUGUGUUGUGUUCGUUCCAAGCAUCUCAUCUAGGUACCUUUCAUCUGAAUACACGAGAAAGGUAUAUACCCCCCCUCAAGUCCAAUCCUGUCACCAGCCAGCAGACGCCCCUUUGGGGGUCAGGUCAAAACUGGCUGGUUGGUGGAGUGGUUGAAGUCCACGAACAGCCUAAUCGGUGAAGGCUUUCAGAGGUCCCGUGUUCAAAUCCCA